AUACAGGGACUUUAGAAAAGGAAACAAUAAACUUCCAAGAGAGUAUUCAAGUACCAAUAACGCAAGUUACUUUUAUGAAUGAUGACGGGAUGAAUGAUGAGGGGAAGAUAGUAUUUUCACUUUCAAACGGCGAGGUCUUUGUUGCACAUCUCCACAACAAUGGUGAAGUUAGGAAGACACUAUUGGGCAAGCAUCUCAAAUCUGUCAGCGGUCUUAUCAGAGACACUGACAAUCCGAAUCUGGGUUAUUCCUGUGGAAAAGAUGCGUUCAUAAAAUGCUUUGACAUCCGGAGCCCUCGUCUUAUCAAUCUCCAGAAGUGUUAUAGGUUUGAAGGCAACCCAUCACUUCCCCUUAAAUUGAAUGGCAUCUUACAGAAUCCUGACGAUCCUAGAUGCAUUACUGUCUGUGGAAAUGACCCAUACGUCAGAGUUUACGAUCUCAGGUUGUUGAAAGAAGAUUCAAAGUGUCUUGAUAAUGUUUACUUGCCACAUGAUCUAGCUAACAGAAGCACUGCUUGCAUUAAAGGCAUAGCGUAUUCGAAGAUGGGGCAACUAUUGGCUUCUUGCAACAACCAAAAGAUAUAUAUGUUCCAACAGGAAAUGGGAUUAGAUCCAAAAUCAAUCCAUCUUCCCUUGCAUCUCAAUGCUUUGCCAAUCUGUCUCAGUGAAGCUCAGGUUUAUCAGGGUCACACGGUUGAUAACCAGUUGGACAGACAUGACAUAACUUUCUUUGGUUCUGAAGAUGAGUACAUUGCCUCUGGAUCAGCAUGUGGAAAGAUUUUCUUUUGGAACAAAAGAGAACCCAAGAGGGUUAGCUGCAUUGAAAGUUUGCACAUUGUAAGGUGCAUGACAAGGAAUCCUCGUCCCAAUCACCCCAUACAGGCCGUACUGGCUACUGGUGGAGUGGAUCAAUUUGUUCGUCUCUGGGGUCCUAACAAUGAGCGGUUAAGUAGAAUUGAAGAUGGCUAAUUUGAUUUUAUCUUUUAAAGUUUUUGGAGAAAAAGUUAAAAUUGGCAUCUUUUCUGCUAUUCUGGGAAGUUUAUGCGUACAUUCUUUUGAAUUU